UCACCAUUUAACAAUCUUUGAUUUCUUCUUCUUCUCAUUACUAUCAUUUAAGAUUCUCAGAUUCCAUAACAAAGCGCCUCGUUCUUCAUUUCCCCCUUUCAUUCUCUCAUCUUCAUGCAUUCUUUUGUAUAAUUGGAUUCUCUGAAUAUCUUCCACACGCAGCGGAUCUCUUCGAUUAGGUCUCGGAAAUUCAACUCCCGGGGCUGCAUCUCGAUCUGCUGGGAUUCGGUUUUUUUUUUCUUCCCUUAAUCUCUGAUGCAGAUGCUAGUUUCUCCCGUUCUUGGUUCGAUUCCUAGUGCUUGAAAUGUACUCGUGCUUUUGUCUUACCGUUGUUGAUGGGUUGGGGGGGAUUUUAGGGCUUCUAGGGCUCUAUUUAGGGUUUGUUUGCAACUUUUCUGUCAUUUCCUUCUUCUUUCCGUUCUCGGGAGUUAGUUCUUUCCAAGCAGUGGAAAGCUAAUGCGAGCUGCUUCUGGUUCAUUUUAAGGAAACCGUUCCUUCGGCAUUGGUUCCAUCAGCUGAUGUGUCUACAGCUUAAUUAUAUGAUUAUAUUAUCAUUAUAACUACUGGGUUUUCUUUCUUUCUUUCUUUUAUAUUUAGAAGAAGAUCUCAGUGAGAGAUGAACUUUCUCGCCUUCCCUGUAAUGCAUUGGGUAGUGACAUUUUACUUUGUUGUUGUUGUUGCUGUUGCUGUUUUUGGAAGGGCAACCAUGGGCGAUGAAGGAGAAAGAACGUGCCCUCUCUGUGCUGAAGAGAUGGACUUGACUGAUCGGCAAUUGAGGCCAUGCAAAUGUGGUUAUGAGAUAUGUGUGUGGUGUUGGCACCAAAUAAUGGACAUGGCUGAGAAGGAUGACACUGAGGGGCGGUGUCCAGCAUGCCGUAUGCCUUAUGACAAGGAAAAAAUUGUAGGAAUGGCUGACAACUGUGAAAGGAUGGUGGCCGAAAUCAAUUCCGAGAGAAAGCUGAAGUCACAGAAGGCAAAGUUGAAAACAUCCGAAGGAAGGAAGCAUCUUAGCAGUGUUCGUGUGAUACAACGGAACCUAGUGUACAUAAUUGGCAUACCUGUUAAUUUAGCAGAUGAAGAUACUCUUGAGCGGAGGGAAUUUUUUGGCCAGUAUGGGAAGGUCCUGAAGGUGUCUAUUUCUCGGCUAGCUGGUGGUAGUCAGCACUCUUCCAACAACAAUACUUGUAGUGUAUAUAUUACUUAUUCAAAAGAAGAGGAAGCUGUUCGAUGUAUUCAAUCGGUUCAUGGUUUCAUUUUGGAAGGUAGAUCCUUGAGAGCAUGCUAUGGUACUACAAAAUAUUGCCACACAUGGUUGAGAAAUAUGCCUUGCAAUAAUCCAGAUUGUUUAUAUUUGCAUGACAUUGGCACCCAAGAAGACAGUUUUACGAAAGAUGAGAUAAUUUCUGCAUAUACGAGGAGUAGAGUUCUACAAAUUGCUGGUGCUUCAAACAAUUCACAACGGCAUUCAGGGAAUGUGUUACCUCCCCCAUCAGAUGAGUUCUGCAAUAGUGGUGCUGCCUCUUUGGACAAACUUAUGGUCAAGAAUGUGUCAAAUAAUCCUGCAAAUCAGUUAAAAGGUUCUCCUCCUAAUAGUAGCUCCGGAAGAUCUAGUGCCCUACCAGCAGGAGCUUCAUGGGGAUUGCGUGUUUCAAAUUGCCGGGCAUCAGAUGCAAGUACUGUCAAUUUGCAUGGAACUGCCACACAAAAAGCUGACACAUUUACUGGUUCAUCUGCCUUUUCCUCGAUGGUUGCAGGCUCAGCUCCAACAUCUGCAUUGCAUGCAGUAGGCAAAACAUCUGCGGUAACUGAAGAAACUCACACAAUGCAUUCGAAUGGCAGAUCUCGGUCAUUGGAAUAUUCAAAACAAUGCAUAGGCAGCAUUUGCAAAACAAGUGAAGAUAAACCUGCAGAGAAUGUGCUAGAUGCAGCUCGGGCCGUUAACUCCGAGGACCUUCCAAGACAGCCAUCUUCUACUUCUAGUCUUGAUGAAGUUGCUCAUGGGUGUUUGUCUGUUGAUGUAACUGUGCAGGGCUUAUCUUCUGGGUUGUCUUCAGUAGACAGUGACAACAUUAUUGGGAUUGAAUAUCCUGAUAUAAGCAAACUGCGAAGUUCAGUUUCUGGUCAUCUUUUUUCCAGAUCAGCUGGAAAUGCAGUUUCAGGCUCACACCAAUAUUCUCUUGUACAUGGAAGUGAUUUGAUAGAACCUUUAACCUCACUGCAGUUGGGGAAACCUGCCUCAGAGUCUAAGGGCACGUGUGUUUCAAGAGAACUAUCGAAAUGGAGCACAGAGUUUCAGGCACAAGGAUUGCCAGCUGGAGGCAGUGAAACGGAUGAGGUUUUGAUACCUGUUGAUCAAGGGUUUAAGCUUUCAAAGGCUUUUACUCAUCCACUAUAUUUGUCCAAUUCAUGUAGUCCACUUAAAAUUUCAGACCAUUCAUUGCAGCACAUUGAUAAUGCUAGUACAAGUCAUCCAGUUAUUUCAGAUCCUAGAGCUGAGGAUGGAAAAGUUGAUGAAGCAUUGCUUCCAGUUACCACUGGUGGUUCAGCAUUAUCUAAUGGAUUAAAAGAGAACAAAUUCAGCACUUCUGCUUCUGAAUCAAAUAAAUUUUCUGAUUGUUCUGACGCAUUCUCCAAUAUAGAUAAGGUUAGACAUUUAGGAGGAUGUAAUGGGGAUGCAUCUAAAGAUGAUAAAACUGCUGACAUUGAUCUGGGGGAGAACGUCAUCUUAUCAAACAUCUUGUCUAUGGACUUCGAUCCAUGGGAUGACUCGUUGACUUGCAGCUUAGCUGAAUUGUUAAGCGAAACUGAUAUACCGAAUGGUUCUCUUCGAUCAUCAAGUUCGCGGAAGCCACAAAAUAGCAGCCAGUCCAGGUUCUCAUUUGCAAGACAGGAGGAUUUUGUGAAUCAAGCUACCUGUUUGGAACCUUUUAGUGAUACCGAGUAUGUACAGGAAAGGUAUUUUUCUCCGCAGGACUCUUUGCAGAACAGGGAAUCUUAUGGAGAUAUACAUCAGAAUGGUUUUGUAGCCUAUAGCUUUGAGGGCUCGGGGAAUCUUAUUAGCAGCCAUUCAAUUCCUCCUCCUAAUAAGGUUUCUGUUUCAAGGGCUCAAAUUUCAGUCCCUCCUGGAUUCACAGUUCCAAGCAGAGCACCACCGCCUGGAUUUUUUUCUCAACAGAGAAUAGAUCAUGCAUUUGACUCGACAGCAUCUUCUGGGAAUCAACUGCUUGGAGGUUCCUCCAUCCUCAGGAAUCAGUAUCAGUGUCAGUCACCACCACUACCUGGAAAUAUUGGCAGUGCUGGGGAUGUAGAAUUCAUUGAUCCUGCUAUUUUAGCAGUUGGUAAAGGAAGGUUUCCAGUUGCUGGGAUAAGUAACUUGGGCUUAGAUUCGGGAUCUACUUUUCAACAACAGCUAAUGAUGUCUGAAAAUGACACAAGAAUUCGGCUAUUGAUGCAACCAUCCAAAUCUUCACAUCAGAACUUCCAAUAUUCUGACCAUGUGGCAGAUAUACUUUCACCUUUGAGCGAUGCUUAUACCCGGUCUAGGCUUGUAGAGCAUCAAAAAUCCCUGAGCAGCAGUCUCACUCAUCAUCAAUUUCCGCAGAUGUCAUCACUUCAACAAUCUAGGAAUGGACGCGUGCCAAACAGCCUGUGGGACAGUUGGAAUGAUAUUCAAACUGGCAAUGAUCUAGCUAUGGCAGAGAUUGUCAGAAAUGAGAGACUCGGAUUGGACAAGUAUCCUGGUUAUGAUGAACUGAGGUUCCAUCGGUCCACUUCAGGUGAUCUAUACAACAGAGCAUUUGGGAUGUGAAUUGCAUGGGGGUCAGACAUACGGUAUGCUUGGGAAUCUUUCAAGUCAAAGAAACCAGUGUGGCCAUGCAUAAGAUGAGUUGCCCUGGCAGAUUAGAGCACAACUCUUUCUGCUUUUCUUCAUUAUUGCCCAGUUAAACCGUUCAUGAUGGGAAAGCGUGUUGGAUCGAGCUCUCGUGGGGGUAAUGAAAGGUUCUUCGCUUGCGCCUCUGAAUACGACCUACCCACAGGAAUCGACUGCAGCAGCUGAUGCGUUCAGCACCCAUCACUGUUUUAAUGAAUGGUGCACAGCAACAUUUUUGAGAAUCAAAUUGUUUGAUGGAGACAUGCGGCAUCUUUCAUUCCCAGUGCAGCUGCAAUCUUUUUGCAUGUUCAGAGAUACUGUAAUAGGGUGGAGGAGACUUUUGGAGAAGUACAUGGUCUGUAGGUAAUGUUUACCGUUGGAUGUGGUUAAUUGUGGUCAUUUUUUGGGAGCUGAGGGCCUUCUACUAAUUAUGUAGCAAAAGAUGCAUUUCCUCGAACAUCUUCCUUACAUCCCAUCAAUUGCUUUUGAUGAUGGUCAUGUACUCUGUUUCUUUCUAUUUGUAAGACUGUUUGAGGCCCGAUCAGAUCCAUCCGUUGCUUGAGGUGCUUCAACUUGACUAUGACAAAAGGUGGGAUCCAUGAGAAAGCAGCAACAGCAGUAGUUUGGUGGCUUGCUCUUGUGACUCCACAUUGCACAACUGCCCCACCACCAUAUUUGUAAAAGGCAAAGGUAAGAGGAGUUGGAGAGUACAUUGGAUAUACUAGGACUUUGAAACUGUUUAGUUGAUACACAGGAACUUGGAAAUUUUAAGCCUAGAAAUUGUAAUUAUGGCAAACAUCAACGACAAUUAAAUUUAUCCGGAAUUGAGGGGCCCACUUCAAGUAUGGUAUAUUCCCAAUACUCUCGUUUUGUUUUAUCAUCCUAACCCAUGGUUGACUUUCCUUCGCGGAAUUCAAACUGUCGUCCAGCUUUUGUUUCACCCAUCAUUAAGUGCUCACUGUAGGACAAUUAGAUAAAGAAAAUAAACGUAUUUCUUUAUCAUCAUCGACCUAAAUUUCCGCUCAUAAGUUGGAUGGUUCAUUUAAAAAAAGAAGAAGAAGAAGAAUUGGAUGGCUCAUUUUGAGUUACUUGUACAGUUACUGUACAACUGUACUUAAAAAUGUGUAUCAAGUAUCACUCUCUGCUAGAAUAUUAGAGACUAAUGCAACCAGACGGCUGAGGGAAACUGUUUUAAUUUCCUUUGUGAAAUGUAAAUUUAAUGACUUGACCAAUACCCAUAAUAUGGGAUGUGUGGAAAAGACUUGAUCGA